UCCCUUUUAUAGCGAACUUUGCUUUCUCCUGUGACAUUCGUCCCGAAACCCCGAACCACCAGAAUGCUUUAUUGUUUCUCACUCUGAAAAAGAGUUUAACACUGUAGAUCCUGGAAUCACUCUUUCUCUCUGAUUUUCUUUUUUCACGAGUCUUUUCAUCAUCUUCGCUUUCUUGGUUCUUCUUCUUUUCUACCGGAUUGAUUAUAUCGGACAGAGUAAAAGCGGGAUUUGGAGAAGAGUUUCGAAGGAGUUUUGAAGAAGAAGAAGGAUGGAUUCGGAUGAGGAGAAUGGUGAUUACAGAAAGAUUAAGAUUGGUGUAUGCGUCAUGGAAAAGAAGGUGAAAUGCGGAUUGGAGGCAUUUUCAUCUCCCAUGGGACAGAUUCUCGAUAGGCUUCAAUCAUUUGGUGAAUUUGAGAUAUUGUAUUUCGGCGACAAGGUUAUUCUCAAGGAACCUGUAGAGAGCUGGCCGAUAUGUGAUUGCUUAAUUGCUUUUCAUUCAUCUGGUUAUCCUCUUGAAAAAGCUGAAGCCUAUGCUUCUUUACGGAAGCCUUUUCUCGUAAAUGACUUGAAGCAGCAACACCUUCUCCAUGAUAGAAGAAAAGUGUAUGAGUGUCUUGAAAUGUAUGGCAUUCCCAUUCCAAGAUACGCUCUUGUUAAUAGGGAAUACCCAAAUCAAGAUCUGGAUUAUUUUGUAGAGCAAGACGACUUUGUUGAGGUUCAUGGGGAGCGCUUUUGGAAGCCCUUUGUGGAAAAACCUAUUCACGGUGAGCUUGAUCUUUUGGG